AUCGGGCGGGCGACGCGCCAUCUCCCGCAGCCAGAGGUCGAAGAAUCGAGAGAACCAAACGCCCAAUUUCUUUCUCCCCCAAAUCCUCUGCCCCAACCUCACCGGCGCCAGAAGCCACCACACCCAUCGCCGCCGCCGCCGCCGCCGCCACACCCAGCGCCACCGCAGCCAGCUCGUUGCUCUCCUCCGCGCCUCCCCGUCGUGCGCAUCCGCAACACGCCCUUUCCCUGCUCCACAAGCCCGGCCUGGAUGCCACGCGCUGCCGCCGCUCCUGGCCGGCUUCGGCCGCUUCCGCCGCUCCUGGCCGGCUUCGGCCGCUUCCGCCGCCGGAAUAUCACCGCCUCGAUCUCCUCCAUUGGUUACCCGCCGACUCGCACCUCCUCAAGGUCCCCCGCACCGCCGAUGCACCUCCCUAGCGGAACCCUAGCGCGGGAGCAGAUGCGGCACUGGGCGUAGGAUUGGGGCACGGACGUGGUGGAAGAGGAUCUGGCGGUGGAGUGGUCCUCAACCUACCACAACAACGACGAGAGGUGCACGCUGCAUCAGGCUGGGAGGGCGGUUUCCCUUCGGUUCCCCGUUCAUCUGCAGUCAAGCUAAGCUAUGCUCCAUUUUUUACUUUGGCGAGUUUCUAAAAUCAUGCUAGUUCUUCACUAGUUUCCUUCCAAUCAUAUCCCUGUGUUGAGUGCGCAAACGUGAUUUGUACAUGUAGUGAUGUAUAUGUGGUGCUAUUGAUCUCUACCUUGCAAACUGAUGAACAAAUGUUUGCUAGAAUAACAGGGUCUGUUGGAUUCAGCAAGGAGAAGUUACUUUGUUGUGUUACCUGUUUUUUAUCUUCUGUUAUCCAUGUCACUUCAUCCUAACUUAACUAAUGUGUUUUUUUUCUUUUGCUGCCACGUUUCUUCAUUGGAUAAUAAGUGGUAUUUUGCUUCAACUGCAGUGUGCACUAUAGAUGAUCGUUUUAAUGUCGUAUGUUGGUUUUAUAAUUGGGUGUAUAUUCGUUCAUCUAUAGAUGUAUAAUUCCUGCGCGCGAUCAGGUAUCAUAUACAUCCGUCUUGGGAAUUGUCGAUUGAUUCCUGGAGGAAUACAUCUGUGUUGCGGCGCAAUACUUGUUUGGAGAAUUUUUCAAGGGAUUAGUUUACAAAAGAAAAUUAUCUUAUGCAAGGCUCUCUAUUUUUUCAUGCCAAUUGUUUAGUGUGUCUGGUGUAAUUAUUUCUCAAUGUGUGUUCUUUAUUUUUCAUGCCAAAAACUAUAUGGCUUAUAUCCUCCGUUCCUAAAAAUGCUUCUCAAGUUUAUGCCUGACAGAUUUUUCAUUUCAUUAACAUGCACUUCAAGCACAAUUAAUUUGGUAUGUUGAGUAGGUUCAAAAGAAUCAUAUCAUUUAUCGAGUUUGUAAGGUUGACUGGUGCAUGCUGUGCACCUGAAGGUUCUUUAAACAUACACUGUAGAUUAUUUUUCUAAGCUGCCAAAUUGUCUUAAAUAAAUUUAGAAGUACUAUAUUUUGUACUGAAAUGUCCAAUUGAUGGUGCUUCAACAUGUCAGAUUAAUGAGGAUGUUGAGCGCAAAUUUCAGCAUGUUGCAAGUUCAGUGCAUAAGAUGGGAAUGGUAUUAGACUCUGUUCAAAAUGAUGUUAUGCAUUUAAACAGAGCCAUGAAGGAGGUAUCACUAGAUUCAGGCAUACAGAAAAAGUUUGUGCUCGUAGAGACCUCUCUCCAGCAAAUUCUUAAGGGACAAGACGAUCUCAAGGCGCUCCUUGAAGGCAGCACAAAAAGCAAUCCUGACCAGAUGAGUGCUCUGAACAACCACACCAGCAAACUCGAUGAGAUAUUAUCGACACUUUCAAUCCUGAAGCAAAUGCAGGAAGAUUUGAGGCAACUGAAGGGUGACAUCUUCAGAAUCUUUACAAAAGAGAUGGAGGGGAUUGUUAGAGCUAUCAGUUCUCUCAAUAGUAGGCCUGAUGCAGUGCAAGCACCGACAGUAUGUGUCCUUGUUACCCAACUGAUUAAAUGCACAACCGGUUCAUUGGUGAGAGUAGCUUACCUAUUGUGCUUUAACAGGUACAAUGCUAAAUACUCAAGGUGAUGCUGAUCGCUGAUGCCGUACCAUCUCAGUCGCCUGGGUUCAACUGAAGGUAGUCGCCUGGGUUCAACUGAAGGUGAUGCUAUCAGUGAUGAUAUUCGAAGUCGAAAUAUGGUGAUGAUUUUGACUGUAUACAAACUGAGAGUGUCAUAAUUUUUGUCUCCCUUUUGCUGAAUCAAAUUACUACAAACUGAGAGUGUCAUAAUUUUCGUCUCCGUUUUGCUCUGUGAGACAUAGUGAGAUAUUAUGUUGAUCGCAACAAAGUGUAUUGGAUUCCUGUAUGACAGUGUGUACUUAUUCUUGGAUUCUUGUAUGACAGUAUGUGCUCAUUCUUGUAUAACAUAAUGUUCAUAUUAUGUGCUCAUUCUUGUAUGAUAGCGAGUAGCACAUGAAA